CUCGGGAUCCCUCACAAUUAUUGUACUUCUCAGAAACAAAUCUUUGACUCUUUUUCUUCCACAAAAAUAAGAAAAAAGAAUCCUUCUUGUUUCUCUUCCCGUCCAAACCAGAUCUAAUAUCGCUCUCACAAGAGCUGAAAUCUUUGACUGCAAUGUCGUCGGUGGUGAAGGAUUUGCACUCAAAUGGCGUAGAUGUAAAGAAAUCUGAGACCCCUUUUGUUGUUUCUGAUCCCAUUAUGGCCAAUGGCAAUGGAAAUGCUCAUUCAACAAAUGGCACAAAUUCAAAGGCAUUCAAGAUUUUCAUAGGCUAUGAUCCACGAGAAGAUGUGGCAUAUGAGGUUUGUCGCCACUCCCUUUUAAAAAGAUCAUCAAUCCCACUUGAGAUCACCCCCAUUAAGCAAUCUGAGCUGAGGCAACAAGGCCUGUACUGGCGUGAAAGAGGGAAAUUAGAAAGCACUGAGUUUUCAUUUUCACGUUUCUUGACACCACACUUGGCAAAUUUUGAGGGAUGGGCUAUGUUUGUUGAUUGUGACUUCUUGUACUUAGGGGACAUUAAAGAAUUGAGGGAUUUGGUUGAUGAUAAAUAUGCUUUAAUGUGUGUACAACAUGAUUAUACUCCUAAAGAGACUACGAAAAUGGAUGGCGCACUGCAAACGGUUUAUCCUAGGAAGAAUUGGUCAUCCAUGGUUUUAUAUAACUGUGGACAUCCCAAGAACCGGGCAUUAACACCUGAGGUGGUGAAUUCUGAGUCGGGGGCAUUUCUUCAUCGAUUCAUGUGGUUGGAGGAUAAGGAGAUUGGGGAGGUGCCAUUUGUGUGGAACUUUCUCGUGGGGCAUAAUAAGGUUGUCGAGGGUGAUCCCGCCACAUUUCCUAAGGCAAUUCACUAUACGCUUGGUGGACCAUGGUUUGAGGCUUGGAAAGAUUGUGAAUUUGGUGAUUUGUGGUUGAAGGAGUUGGAGGAGUGCGAGAAAGCUAAGGAGAAGUUGGGUUAAGCCAAUGUAGCCAAUGUUCAUUUAAAUUGCAGGGUGUAUGUUAAGGUAAUCGGCUGGUGGUAAUUGUUACAAGUAUUAUGUUCAGAGAUAGGCUAUGUCAUUAAUGUAAUCUUCCACAUUAUUCAAUUUGUAUCAUCUCACUUUGAGAUUUUCCCCGAUUUAUGCCAAUAUUUGAUUGUGUAUUGUUACAUCUGUUAAGAAGAUUUUAAGUCUCCUAGAGUUGUAUUGUUGGACAAGGAAACUCUUGAGUUGUGCUGUAAUGUAAUAGAUGUCUGUUAGUAUAGAAGGUAGUAGAUUGUGUGAUGACUAUGAAUUUAUUAUUGAUAUCCCGCUAUGUAAUUCUUACUUGGUUAUAUAAAUGAGAAGGCUUUAUCCCCUCUA